CCCCUUAUUUGAACAGAUUGCUCGCUUGAGAUUAUUCGCCAUUACUAAUCUCCAGCCUCUUCUUAAAUUCGCCUCGUUUUUACCUCUCUUGCCGCCACCGCCAUGGCUCUCCAGCACCCAAUUCGCUUUCCAAACGUCGCCGCCGCUGCUUUGUCUUCGACGGAGGAACUCGUGAAUGCUUCUGGUAAAUUCGUUCAAUUGUGGCGGCGGAGGGCGAAAAACAGAGUAUUAUCAUCUGGAUUUUGCGAUUGGGGUCAUCUGCAGUAUUAUAAGUCUAGCUUUGAUUCCGCCGACUCCACGGUGGAGGGGAUUUCACGGAGGCGGAUGAGUGGGAAGGGGAAGUCGGUGAAGAAGAUGAAGAAGAAGCAAUUGAAAUUGCUCAAGGAAUUGAAUCUGCUUGAUCAUAUCAACGGAAACAUGAUCACGGAAGCAACACAGCUUCUGCUGGAGCAAUUGCGGAAGGUGAAGGAAGAACAGAAAGAAGCGAAAAGAAGAAUGAAAGAGGAGAAAGCAAAAGUGAAAGCAGUAGCAAAUUGUGAAACGUCAUCAUCUGAAUCCAGCGAAAGCGAAUGUGGAGAGGCCGAUGACAUGAGCCGCGCAAAGGAGGAGACGCUUCCGAUCAUACCAACUGCUCCACACUCGUCGUUCAUAACUGAUGCUGCUGUUUCUCCAUCGAAGAGGAUUGAGGUGUGUAUGGGAGGAAAGUGCAAGAAAUCGGGGGCCGGGGCGCUGCUGGAGGAGUUGAAGAGAGUUGUGGGGAGUGAAGAGGCAGUCUCAGGGUGCAAAUGCAUGAGGAAAUGCAGGGAUGGCCCUAAUGUCAAGCUUGUGGGGCCCGCGGCGGCGAACUCUCUGUGCAUCGGAGUGGGAUUGGAGGAUGUGAAUGUGAUCAUGGCGAAGUUCAUUGAUGAACAUCAUCAGCAGCAGCAACAGCUUGGUUUUUGAAAUUGUUACCAAAAAUGUGCAGUUUCUUUUUCAGUUUUUGGAAUUAGGAUAGGAUAUAUGUGUGUGUGUUUUAUUUUUUAAUUUUAUUUUUUAAGAGGAAAUAUGUGGUUAUUUGAAUUUUGAAGCA